UCGUCUGCGACAGAGUGGUUUGUAAAUUCCUCAAUAGCGUGUAAGCGAUACGUAGAAACUGCGAGGUGAAAACGUGGCGAAAAAACGCGUGAAAUGAUUAGAAUACGAAUUUGAAACGAUUAAUUACUUCACGAGGAUGCCAACUAACGAAGAAUCUAAGGGUGACGGUCUUUUGGAGAGGCUUGUUAAGAGUGACGAAAAUGAGGUUGUGAAUUGCCGGAGUAGCGCGGACAAUAUUGAAGGGCACAAAUUACGACACGGCACAGACAGUUUUCCAAGUAUUAAUGAGAGACCGGUCGAUGAUAUUUCUAUUCAAUUUUUUUACAAGCCUCAUAGCAUUACAUUGCUCCUCAUUGCGAUUGGUGCUGUAAUAUAUUCAGCCUUCACUAGGAAUACUAAUAAUGUCGAGGACAACAUUUGGGCUGGAAUACUAUGCAUCAUAUUUUUUUUUCUAAUCGUAUCAGUACUCACAUUUCCAAAUGGACCAUUUACAAGACCUCAUCCGGUUGUUUGGAGCCUCGUAUUUGGUUGUAGUGUAUUAUACUUAAUGGGCCUGUUGUUUUUGCUGUUUCAAGAUUAUGAUACAGUGAGAAAAAUCUUUGUGUGGAUCGAUCCAGGCUUAGCGUCAUUUCAUAUCGACAUGGACAAAGAAUAUGGUGUUAAUUGUUCAGAUAUUACAUUAGAGAAGAUAUGGAAUCAUUUAGACAUUUUUGCGGUAGCUCAUUUCUUAGGAUGGACUUUUAAAGCAAUACUCAUUCGACAUCUUGGUAUUCUUUGGGCUAUCAGUGUUAUGUGGGAAGUAACAGAAAUAGCAUUUGCCCAUUUACUACCAAAUUUUAUUGAGUGCUGGUGGGACGCUUUUAUACUCGAUGUAGUUGUCUGUAAUGGUUUCGGGAUCUGGGUCGGAUUAAAAAUUUGCUCUUUGUUGGAAAUGCGAGAAUAUAAAUGGGUAAGCAUUCGUGACAUUGAGAGCACUACUGGAAAGUUGAAGAGAGCAAUGCUACAAUUUACACCUGGCAGUUGGACUGCUGUUAGAUGGUUGGAUCCAAAUUGCACAUACAUGCGAUUUGUUGCACUGUGUCAGUUGGUUAUUUUCUGGCAGGUUUCGGAGCUGAAUACUUUUUUCUUGAAGCACGUGUAUGAAUUUCCACCCUCUCAUCCUUUUGUUGUGUCAAGAUUGGUACUAGUUGGAAUAAUUGUUGCGCCAUCUGUUAGGCAAUACUACAUGUAUGUAACAGAUCCAGCAUGUAGUAGAGUAGGGACUCAGUGUUGGGUCUAUGGUGCAAUUAUGCUUACAGAAGCAUUACUGUGUAUACGACAUGGUGCUGCAUUAUUUGAGCGUACCCAAGUAUUGAACAUUCUUUUAUGGUUACUUUGCCAAUCCCUAGUCUCAGUUCUCUGUGUUUAUGGCUGUGUUCUAUGGCACCAAUACUUUGAGACGGAAAAGAAAGCUACUUCAAAACAGUCAAUUACCCAGUUAAGCAACAGCCAUGUGGACGUAACCCAUAGCAGUGGGGGUAUGGUUCACUCUACAAAAUCUGUGCUGGAGAAGAAGCAAUUGUGAACAGGUUUGCAACAAAAAACGACCGACUUAAGGGUGAAGUGUUUACACUAUUAAACUUUCUAGUCGUAUUAUAAAAUAAUAUAGAGGG